GCUGCUCGCGCACACGCUCUUGUCACUGCAAUCUAGAGCGGGGCGCGAUAGAACAAGGCGUCCAGAGACACGGCUCUCGUCCUAGCCCCUGGACAUGGUCGUUCGUCUCGCUGCUGCGUUUCGACCUCGCGACCUGCAAGCAUGGCUGCCUCGGAGGGUGUGCUUCAGACAGCUUGCAACUCAAGUCAAGCAUGACCCGACUAAGCUGCGCAACAUGGCUCUGGUAGCCCACAUAGACUCUGGAAAGACUACGCUCACCGAGUCUAUUCUCUUGCAAUCACAGUACUUGUCCUCUGCUGGGUCGGUAGACACCGGAAGCACCACGACGGACUUUCUUCCCGCAGAACGCGAGCGGGGCAUCACUAUCCAAUCCGCCAGCAUUCCUGUCCGAUGGAAGGACUGGACCUUCAAUCUCAUCGACACCCCUGGGCACGCCGACUUCGGCAUGGAGGUCGAGAGUGCUAGUCGCGUCGUCGACGGUGCAGUCGUUCUAAUUGAUGCUGUCGAAGGUGUGGAGGCGCAGACUAAAGGCGUUUGGCGACAACUGGACAGAUACGAUGUGGGCUCGCGCAUCUUGUUCUUGAACAAGCUCGACCGCCCCGGAGGAUCCUUCCGCUCCUCUCUGCUGUCGGUGCUUGCCAACCGCAUGCACCCUCGUCCAAUGGCUCUCACCCUACCCAUCGCAUCCUUCGACCCUGAAGAUUAUGCGAGGGCCGAGCCCGGUAUACAGGGCUUAGUGGACCUCGUCAAAUGGGAAGUAUGGAAAUACGACACCGAGGGCAAGUGCUCUGUCCACGCUCUACCACGGACCAAGGAAGAACUCGAGCGCACCGACCUCUUCCCUCCCUUACACCCUCUCGUACCACAUCUACUUCCCGCGAGGGUUACUCUUUUGGAUAACUUGGCACAGGUCUCCGAGGAGCUAUUCGACGUACUGCUUGGCCUGCCCGAGGAUCCUGCCGCGUACUUGUCUGUCAAGGCAUCUGACAUACUACCUCACCUGCGAGCGGCGACCCUGCGGAACGACAUCCUGCCUGUUAUGUGCGGGUCCGCGUUCAAGCAUAUCGGAACGGAACUUCUAAUGAACUACGUCGGAGAGUUGCUGCCUAGUCCGGUCGACGUCGAAUCUAACGCGAAAGCACUUGCCGCGAACGCUCCGCUGCGCAUGCUCGCUUGGAAGGUCGGCUGGGACAAACGGAAAGGGUGGAUGACGUUUGUCCGCGUCUACUCAGGUACACUCAAGAGUCAGAGUUCGGCCUUGAACGCAUCGCAAAACCAAAGAGAGAAGAUCUCGAAGCUAUUGCUGCUCUACGCCGGCGAAGCUGAAGAAGUCGAUUCACUGCCGUUUGGUUCUGUCGGCGCCGUUCUCGGCCUGAAGUACACUCGUACUGGUGACACCCUGGUUUCCGUCGCAGGCGGCUCAAGCGCGUCGUCGCUCCGCGACAUCAUCCCGCCGCCCCCGCUGAUGUCUGUGUCCGUCAUCCCCCACUCGCAUGCGGACCUAGAGCCCGUAGAAGAAGCCCUGAACGCUCUCGCCCGGACGGAUCCCUCUGUACGCGUAGAGACGCACGAGGGCCAGCUGCUCGUGCAUGGCCUCGGUGCGUUGCAUCUCGAGAUCGUUGAGUCCCGGCUCCGCGAGGAGUGGAAGGUCAACUGCGAGUUCGGCCGGCGGCGAGUCAGCUUCCGGGAAUGUCUCGGCGCAGGCGACGUUUCUGGAGUCAGCAACACAUGGCAGACCGAGAUCGGCGGACAGCCUGUACGCAUCCGGCUGGAAUUCACCGUCGGUGAGCUCGAAGGCGAAGAACAGGGCGACCCGCUCUGGGACGGCAAUCUGAUCCUGGGCACUGACGGGAAGCCCAUCCCUCCUGGGGAGCUGCACGUCAACACGAACGACGCGCUCGCGCACGUCGCCAAAGGCAUCUCGAGCACGCUAUCAAGCUCGCCCAACACAACCCUCGCGCUCUCGCAGAUGCGCAUCCAGAUCAAGGACCUCGAGUACCCCAAAGAAGUGCACCCUUCCGUGCUCGCGGGUGCAAGCGCGGCAAUCCUGCGCAACAUCGUUCGCGCGGCCGGCCAGGGCGACCUCAUGGAACCGUACAUCCGGCUGAAGAUCGCGGUGGACGAGAGCGCAGUCGGACGUGUCGUGGAGGACCUGGGAGAACACGGUGGCGAGGUACUCGACCUGGACGCGGCGUCCGCGGAGGACUCGGAGCCAUUCGUCGAGGACGGGGCGUACCUCCCGCCGCAGUGGUUGUCGCCGUCGACCGGCAAGGCUGCGAAGAGCUCGUCGUCGCGGAUGAAGAGGACGAUAUUGGCAGUCGCGCCGCUCAGCCAGAUGCUGGACUACUCGACGCGUCUGCGUGCUCUGUCAGGGGGACACGGGCUCUUCCAGAUGGAGAACGAGGGGUUCAGGCGGGUAUCAUCGCAGAGAACCACGGACAUCCUCAGGGAGCUGGGUCGUUUGUAAUUGUCGACUGUAGUAGUGCGUGAGCUACUACUGAGCGACCCUCGUCGUGCAAAAGUACUGUAUAUACAUAAUGCGGUGAAUCCGGUCACAAUCUAGAGUACACAUCACAACUCUCUCAUCUCGUCCGCGUCGCCGAAAAACACUGCACCGUCGAUCUCGUCGUCGUCCUCCGCUAUUCCAGGAGGAUGGUCGCCCACUGACAUAAGGAGCUGGCUGAACAGCACCAUUUCGCCGUCCUCAUCGUCGCUUCCCUCAGCGGUCUCGUUGAAGAGAGGCACCGGUGGUAGGUUACGUCCUGGAAUGGGAGCAGGUGUAGGCUCCCUGUCGAAAUCAGGGAGGAACAGAGGCGUCCGCGCACGUUGGCCGGCCCCGCCGCUUGGCACGAAGUCCGCCGGGGCGAUGCUAGGGGCGCGUGGCGCGACGAUGCCCAUCGGCGCGAGGGAGGGUGCGCGAGUACCGGAGCGGAGGGGCGGCCAGGGCUCGAC